CCCGGGCAGCGCCUACGGGUUUUGUGCCAGACAAGCCGUUUCCAGGGACAGGCAGUUCCCAGCCUCUGCCUGUCAGAACUCAGGGCCUCGGAGGAAGGCCUGUUUUGUUCAGUUCGAAAACAAAACAAAACAAAACAAAACAAAGCAAUGGGGGCCGCGUUGUGACUUAGAGAGCCUUGAAGGCGCGCCUUUGGUGACAAUUUCUGCAGGUUCGGCCUGUGGGAAUGAAAGCAGGGGGAGUUAGCACCGGCCGUUUGGCACGUCCCACAAGGGCGUGUGGCCUGACUGUGCCCAGGGAGUGGAAAUGUCACGAGGAAGAUGCCCCAGAUCUGGGUUAAGUCUGAAGAUGGAUGGAGAUGUUUGUGAUGGGGAAGGGCGGAAUUGAGAAAAGCAUGUUGCCCAGCUGAGAAGUGGGGAAGGAUGCUUUAGAUUCUCUUCAGGGGAAGAGUCCACAUCCCACCUCAUCAUGUCCCGAAGAAGCCAGCGCCUCACGCGCUACUCCCAGGGUGACGAUGACGGCAGCAGCAGCAGCGGAGGGAGCUCAGUGGCCGGGAGCCAGAGCACCCUGUUUAAAGAUAGUCCUCUCAGGACCUUGAAGAGGAAAUCCAGCAACAUGAAGCGCCUGUCCCCAGCACCACAGCUGGGCCCAUCCUCUGAUGCACACACCUCCUACUACAGUGAGUCGCUGGUCCGUGAGUCCUACAUCGGCACCGCGUUCCCGCCCAGGAGUGCCCUGGAGGAACUGCACGGUGAUGCCGACUGGGGCGAGGACCUGCGGGUGCGGAGGAGGAGAGGCACGGGCGGCUCGGAGAGCAGCAGGGCCAGCGGGCUCGUGGGGCGCAAGGCCGCCGAGGACUUCCUGGGCUCUUCCUCGGGCUACUCCUCUGAGGACGACUACGUGGGCUACUCGGAUGCGGACCAGCAGAGUUCCGGCUCACGGCUCCGGAACGCCGUCUCACGGGCGGGCUCCUUACUCUGGAUGGUGGCCACUUCGCCAGGCCGGCUCUUCAGACUUCUCUACUGGUGGGCUGGCACCACCUGGUACCGCCUGACCACAGCUGCCUCCCUCCUUGACGUCUUCGUUUUAACCAGGCGCUUCUCGUCCCUGAAGACGUUCCUCUGGUUCCUGCUGCCGCUGCUCUUGCUGACAUGCCUGACGUAUGGCGCUUGGUAUUUCUACCCCUAUGGGCUGCAGACAUUCCACCCUGCUUUGGUUUCCUGGUGGGCAGUGAAGGACAGCAGGAGGCAGGAUGAGGGCUGGGAAUCCAGAGACUCGUCACAUUUCCAGGCUGAGCAGCGUGUUAUGUCCCGAGUACACUCACUGGAGCGGCGUCUGGAAGCUCUUGCUGCUGAAUUUUCCUCCAACUGGCAGAAGGAGGCCAUGCGGCUGGAACGUCUGGAGCUGCGGCAAGGGGCUCCUGGCCAGGGAGGCGGUGGUGGCCUGAGCCACGAGGACACCCUGGCACUGCUGGAGGGGCUGGUGAGCCGCCGUGAGGCUGCCCUGAAGGAGGAUUUCCGCAGGGAAGCUGCUGCUCGCAUCCAGGAAGAACUGUCUGCCCUGAGAGCAGAGCAUCAGCAAGACUCAGAAGACCUCUUCAAGAAGAUCGUCCGGGCCUCCCAGGAGUCCGAAGCUCGCAUCCAGCAGCUGAAGUCAGAGUGGCAAAGCAUGACCCAGGAGUCCUUCCGGGAGAGCUCUGUGAAGGAGCUGAGGCGGCUGGAGGACCAGCUGGCCGGCCUGCAGCAGGAGCUGGCGGCUCUGGCGCUGAAGCAGGGCUUAGUGGCGGAUGAAGUGGGCUUGCUGCCCCAGCAGAUCCAGGCCGUGCGGGACGACGUGGAAUCUCAGUUCCCAGCCUGGAUCAGUCAGUUCCUUGCCCGAGGUGGAGGGGGCCGCGUGGGGCUCCUUCAGAGAGAGGAGAUGCAAGCUCAGCUGCGAGAGCUGGAGAGCAAGAUCCUCACCCAUGUGGCAGAGAUGCAGGGCAAGUCGGCCAGGGAAGCUGCAGCCUCCCUGGGCGUGACACUGCAGAAAGAAGGUGUGAUUGGAGUGACAGAGGAGCAGGUGCACCGCAUCGUGAAGCAGGCCCUGCAGCGCUACAGUGAAGACCGCAUCGGGCUGGCGGACUACGCCCUAGAGUCAGGAGGGGCCAGCGUCAUCAGCACCCGAUGUUCCGAGACCUACGAGACCAAGACGGCCCUCCUCAGCCUCUUUGGCAUCCCCCUGUGGUACCACUCCCAGUCACCCCGAGUCAUCCUCCAGCCAGAUGUGCACCCAGGCAACUGCUGGGCCUUCCAGGGGCCCCAGGGCUUCGCCGUGGUCCGCCUCUCUGCUCGCAUCCGCCCCACAGCUGUUACCUUAGAGCAUGUGCCCAAGGCCUUGUCACCCAACAGCACCAUCUCCAGUGCUCCCAAGGACUUCGCCAUCUUUGGGUUUGAUGAAGACCUGCAGCAGGAGGGGACACUCCUUGGCAAGUUCACUUACGAUCAGGACGGCGAGCCUAUUCAGACGUUUCACUUUCAGGCCCCUUCGAUGGCCACAUACCAGGUGGUGGAGCUGCGGAUCCUGACUAACUGGGGCCACCCUGAGUACACCUGCAUCUACCGCUUCAGAGUGCAUGGGGAGCCUGCCCACUAGCCCCGCUUUCUGGUGCCUGCUGCCAGCCAUCUGGGAGUGGGUGAACAGCACCCCACCGCUUCCCCCACACGCUUGCUCGGCGCUCUGACUUCCAGGAGCACAAGAGAGGAGCCUGUGGCCCCAUGCAGAUGAGAAGGAUGGGCAGAGUCUACUGAGCAGCAGCUGGCUCGAGGAGGUCAGCAGGAACCAGCAGCUUCCUUCUUCCUUCCCUCCGUGCCCGUGGCGUCUGCUUCCCAUCCUGGGAGUGUGUAUAUAUGUAGCAUAUCAUGGGGGUCUGGGACGUUGGGAGAGGUGAGACCUGACUGGUGUUGCCUGGUGUUGGGGGCUGGUGCCUGGGAGCUGCUGCAGGGAGGCCUAUGGAUGAAGCAGGUGCCAGGGCUGUGGGAGGGGCGAGCUAGUGCCUAGACUAGGUGAGCUGCCUCUGCCCCAGGGCAGGGAAGUGAGGCCCUCUGGGAGGAGGGUGCUCAGCUCCAGGGCAGGAUGGGACUUUCCCCAGGUAGGAAGCGCCUGAUGUAGAGCUACCCAGCUCUCCUACAAGUUUAGUGCCCUCCACCUAGGGAAGCCUGAACCACAGGGUGCCUGAGGGGCUUCGACAAAAAGUGUUUGUCCCGGGUAGAGUAGCAGCGCACCAUGGCGCUUCUUGUGCCUGAGGGGCUUCGACAAAAAGUGUUUGUCCCGGGUAGAGUAGCAGUGCGCCACGGCGCUUCUUGUACCCUAAAGGGGACUGGCUCCUGUGAUCUUCUAAGGGGCCCAGGGCCAACCCUGUAGGCUUCCCCUCUGCUGGGGACAGUAGUUGCUUUUCUCUCUCCUGAUGCUGGGUUGGGAGCACCCUGCUCCCCAUUCCUGCCAGGACCUGCCAGUGCCCAAGCUUGCUUUCCACAUUCUCCUGGGAUACAGAGACCUAGACCUGUCUUUGGGGCCAUUAGCAUCUGAGCAUGGAACUCCUGGGCUCUCGUGGGGACGUUCAGGGUAUCGGGGUGGGAGGUCUGUCUGCACUGGCCCCCCCGACCUAACCAGGCCCUGAUGUAGGGGCCCUCUGCUCAGGCUGCCCCCUUGGGCUCUUGCAGCUCUUGUUCAGGUAGUGGCCCUUCUGGUUUGUUCUCUGUGGGGCAGUUGGUGGGGGCUGGGGGGAGAAGUGGCAGAAGUUACCCUGGGUAGGGAAGGGGGAGGAGGGGACUUUUAGAGCCAGCAGGCCCCACUGUAUUAUGUAUAUAUUUUUCAAGGUCUGUUUUUCUAACUGAAAAGCUAAGGGCUUGAUUCCUAGCCCCGUUCUGUGGGGCACUGGGUGAUACUCAGUUUCUUGUUCCUGGUCAUGGAGAGGGGCCUGGGGCACUGGUUCCAGCUGUGUCUGGUGGUCCCGCCGCGGGGAAGGGGCAAAAAGGCAGGCAGGCCCCUUCACUGCAGUGCCGAGCCUCAAAUCCACUCUGGAGCAUGAGGCUGGAUGCAGUGGUGGUGAGGCUGCCCCUGCUCCAUCCCGAGGCAGCCAGGCUUUGUUUUGCGCUCUUCUGUCACAAAUGCUGCACUAUUGGUUCUUAAGUUUUUUAUCUCCAGAUCCUAAUUUAUGCCUAUGCAAAAAAUAAAUGAUGCCCAAGAGCUGUGGGAUGUGGCCUA